AUGCAGUCUGUGCCCCACUGUGAUCACGCAGAAGUGUCGGAUUCGCAGCCAACAAGUUCACAACUAAACCUGAUAGAGAGAUCAACGGAGCAUCUAGCCUCAUCUGAAAUCAAUCCAGUUAGUGUUGAUGGUGACAAUGAAAAUAUUGAUGCCAAUGAAGAAACUCACCUUGUUAUUCAAGACGUUCCUCAGUGCCGGAUUUGCCUUGAUAAUGAAGGUGAUGACUUGAUUGCGCCCUGCCGUUGCAAGGGAACACAGAAGUAUGUCCAUAGGUCCUGUCUUGAUAACUGGAGAUCAACAAAGGAAGGUUUUGCAUUUUCACAUUGCACUGAAUGUCGAGCUGCAUUCUUUCUUCGUGCAAAUGUUCCUCCUGAUCGAUGGUGGUUAAGAUUGAAGUUUCAACUUUUGGUUGUUAGGGAUCACACAUUGAUCUUCUUUAUUGUGCAACUGGUAGUUGCUUUCAUGGGUAUGGUGGUUUACAGAUUUUAUGGAGAUGAACUGCGAGAAAUGUUUGGUUAUGAAGAGCACCCAUAUGCUUUCUAUGCCAUGGCGAUAUUGGCUAUUGUUUUGGUUGGUUUGCUGUAUGGGUUCUUCAUUGCUAUAAUAUGUGGACAGAGGAUAACUGAGCGGCAUUACCAUGUUCUUGCAAAGCAAGAGUUAACCAAGGAGUAUAUUGUAGAGGAUCUUGAAGGAGCUGACCAAGUGCCAGACCUUGAUCCUAACCAUGUUACAGAGUUGAAGAUAUUAGGACUAUAUUGA